AUGAAGUUACGGAGGAAAAAUUAUACGAGACUUGAAUUCAUUGCACUCACCGGUGAUAACUAUACCUCGCAUUCGUCAACAGAUCUCCAGCUACUAUCCGCUCCUCACCAUGACAGAUACUCAAGAUACCAAAAUCACGCUAUACUGUCCCGUGCUCAGAGGAUCGUCUGGCUCCUGGAAGAGCUCAACAUCCCCUACGAGAUCAAGACCUUCAAGCGCAAAGCCGACAUGACAGCACCCGACGAGCUGAAAAAGAUUCACCCGCUGGGUAAAUCCCCCGUCGUCACCAUCACCACCCCCAACUGCGCAGAGCCACUAGUUCUGGCCGAGUCUGCAGUGAUCAUCGAGUAUCUCUGCACCCACUUCGGCGGGCAGAAGCUCAUCCCGCAGCGAUAUGCCGAAGGCAAAGAGGGCCAGAUCGGCGGGGAGGCAGACGCGUGGAUGCGAUACCAGUAUUUCAUGCACUAUACCGAGGGCAGUCUAGCGCCGUUUUUGGUGAUGAAGGUGGUUAUCGACGGUGUGAGGAAUGCGCCGGUUCCAUUCUUCAUCAAGCCAGUGACUAGAAUGAUAGCGUCCAAGGUGGAAGGGGCCUUUAUCAAUCCCAACAUCCACACGCAUCUUGGCUUCCUGGAAGAGCGGCUGAAGACGGCGCCGGGGGGCGGUCCUUAUCUUUGUGGAGAUAAGAUUACAGCUGCUGAUAUUCAGCUGAGCUACUCGGUCAUCGCGGCGUUGUCAAGACUGGCAUCCCUUCGGGGUCAGUAUCCAGGAGUAGCAGCCUAUGCUGAUCGGCUACAGGCCAUUGAGAGCUAUAAACGGGGCGUAGCGCAGAUUGAGAGAAUUGAGGGGACAUUCACGGCUAGUCUAUGAGACUGUCAUCUUUGCCAUCAGCGCGG